UAGUAUUUUAUUGUAUUAUUUUUUUAGUGUUUUUAAUUAUUUUUUAUUGGGUUGCUAGGAGACCAAGUUGGAGGAGCUUAGCCUUCUAACUGGCAGCAAUUGGAUAAAAGCAAUUAUUCCUCUCUCUCUAAUUAGGACUUUAUUUUUCUUUUCUUUUUGUUGUAUCAACCUAGAGGCGUGGAUGAUGGGUGGUGUUGUCAAAUUUCGAGGUUGGGGAGGCUUGUAGUUUUGUUGUUUUGUGGGUCGCCGUGAUGCCAUCACUCUUUUAUAUAUAUAGAUAUAAUAUAUAUUUUGUUUUUCUGCUUUUCCCUGAGCAUAAGGUCCAAAAUAGCUUUCAACGCAAUACAAAAAUAUAUAUAUUUUUUUCUGGGUCCUACAUGCAUCUCCCGGCUUGGUUUCUCCUCCCAACUGUCAACAAAGAGGUUCUUCUCUGGAACCCUUCGUCCGACGUCUCUCAUUGGUUCUCGCAAAGGCCUGAACCUUCCGGCGGAUGUCCUUCGGUGGAAUUGUCUCCUUGAUUCUUUCACCAAAAGGAUAGAACGGCGGCCAGCUUGGGUCUACCUUGGCUUCUCCGUUUUCCUUGGAUCUGGAGGAAGACGACCCUUCGAGAUAGAGCUGGUCCUAUAGAUUCAGAUCCCAAAGCGACAGGGUGAUGGGCUAGACACAUUGCCGUUGGUUCGGGUCGUCCAAAAAGCCAAGUGUCACGUCUACCGGCGUCUUCCUCCGCAGUUGAGUCCGACUUCGCCCACUAAGUCGUUAGAAACCAUGAUUCCAGACUCGAGCAUCGACACCGUGAGGUCCUUGCUGCAGAGAGAGAAGCUGACAAAGGGUCUUCUACUCGCCACAGCAGCCGCUUCCCUCGGGACCCUUCAGAUCGGAUAUUGCCUCUGGCCGAUCCACAACCCAGCAGCAGUUCUGCUUGAUUUUUACAACUCGACAAUUGAUAAGAAAUCGGAGGCCACAAAAUACCAGAAAAGGCUAAUGAAGUUCUGCAUCAUGAUCUACCCAUUCGGAGGCAUGAUCGGAGCCCUUUUGUUUGGCUACCUGGCGGACCUGUGGGGCAGAAAACGAACCUUGGUGAUCUCAAACUGCGUGAACAUCUUUGGUGCCUUCUUCAUGCUUUUGUCCAAGAUGUUGAAGGAGUUGAAAUAUGCUCUCUUCGGCCGUUUCGUUUUUGGGGUAGGCGCAGGGAUCAUGAUGUGCGGUGUCGCGUUGUACAUUAUCGAAAUCUGCCCGCCACACCGGAGAGGGACCCUCUACAUGGUAUCCGUCCUGUCCCUUACGUUUGGCACUUUUGUGUCUCAGGUGGUCUCCCUCAGCAUAAACGAGGGCCCCUUGUCAGGUGCAACUUCUCAGAUGAGUCUCAUUGGGAUUGUGGCUAUACCUAACAUCAUCAUAUGGUACUACAUGCCGGAGAGUCCAAGGUAUCUGUUCAUCCAGAAGGAUAACGAAAUUGCAGCAAGGACAGUCCUGAAGAAGCUGAGAGAAGACGAUAAUGUGGAGGAAGAGGUGGAAGGGAUGCGCCAGGAGAUCAUCUGUGAAAAGGAUAAAAAGCACCUGAACGCGGUUAAGUUACUGAGCUGCCGAGACCUCCGGAAACCCCUUCUCAGCGCCCUCAUGUUGAUGAUGGGGAACCAAUUAACUGGUGUCAAUGGGGUGUAUGUCUACACAGGGAAACUCCAAACAGAGCUGCAUGGCCAAGGCUACGACAUCCGUCUUGCGAUCAUAGUGGUGAACAUUAUUCUCCACUCAGGGCUCAUAAUGAUGACAACUUUAAUCGAUUCCAUGGGACGGAGGUUUCUGCUUCUCCUGGGCUUCAUGGUUUGUAGCUUCACUUGCGUCAUAUUGGCCGUGACCCUCGAGAAUCAGAACAAGAAUUCAGCCUUAUCUCAUUUCAGCUUUUUUGUGGUCGUCGUCUUCCUCCUUGCACACAUGAUUGGGCCAGGCCCCAUUCCCUACUUGCUCACUGGAGAACUCUUCCUCCAGUCUUCCCGAGGCACGGCCUACAUGCUUGCAGGGUUUAUGAACUGGUUCACCAGGUUUCUCGUGAGACUGCUUUUCAUCUUCCUGGAGCCGUAUGUUGGAUCCCACGGCUUACUCCUCUUCUGGCCAUUUUGCGUCAUUGCCUUCGUGUACAUUUUCAAGAGGGUCCCAGAAACCAGGGGCAGGACCUUUGUGGAGAUCUGGAAGGGCGCCGGCUCCCCGAAGCGGCUGCGGAAGAAAUCGUCGCACAAGAAAGACAAGAAGAAAGAAAAGGAGAUCAAAUAAGACCCCCCCCCCACACCCAAAGUCCGUGCAAUUUUUUUGACCGCGCCUCCUUGCAAAUUUUCUGUCUUAUUAAAUGACCAAAUACAAACCGA